AUCUUUGCCCUAUAUAUAUAUGUAUAAGAGAAUGGGAGAGUAGCAUCUUAAAGCCAUUGAUUGGAAGCAUUAAUUUAAGAUAUAAAAUCAGAAGAAAUAUUGCCUUAAUGGAAACAGAAGAUGGAGCAUUAGAAGGUCAUUUUGAGCCAUCAUGUGAGUGGCAACAUGAAGAAGGAUUUGAUGUUCUCUUGGUCCAUCUCCCAAAAUUCAAGGAUAAAGAAGGUUUGAAGGUACAAAUUAGCAAUUUUGGAGUUUUAAAAAUCUCAGGAGAUCGCCGAGUACAGAACCGAACCAGGAUAAAGUUUUUCAAAGAAAUUCCAGUAUCGAAGGACCAUAACACAGAUGAGAUAAAAGCAAACUUUGAAAAAAGUGUUCUCAAAAUUACAUUGCCAAAGAAAGUUACAGCUGCUUCAACUAAUGGAAGUUUUAAGGAAGAAUAUAAAGCAACAAAAUCCAUGGAAAUGGAAGUAGGGAAGCAAAUAUCAAAGAAUUCAAGAUUCAGGAAAUUCAAAAAGGUGGCCAUUAGUAUUGCAGCUAUCGUGGUUGUAGUUUCUGCUCUCUCUGGAUUUGCUUACUAUAUUUAUAGGUCUACAAUUGUUGAAGACUAAUUAACUUUAAUUUGUUGUAUUAUAACCUAAACAAGAAUGUAAGAGUAUACAAUUAAGGACAAACACAAAGAGGUCCACAGCGAAUUAAUUAAGUUUAUAACUUUUCCA